CCCUUCUUUCCACAUCUCCACUCAGUUCUUUGUUUCGAAAUUUUAUCUCUCUCUCUCUCUCUCUCCCUGUUUUUUCCUUCUGUUCAUAGACGUUUCACUGGUUUAGACUAGAUUUCUGUUUCUCCACCUUUCUCUCCCCUUUUUGACACCCUUCGGCUCGCUCUUCUGCCUUACCGAUACCGGAGGUUGUUUGUUCGUGACACCGCCGUCACGCGAAUUGUUUCCCAUGCCGGGAGUUUUGGACGCCGCCAGUCCCACAUUCAUUCCUCCAUCCUCGACCCAUCAACCUUCGGAUAUGUCGCUCACCGGGACCGCUAUUUCCGACCACCUCUCGGCCGUCUUUUCCGCUGAUUCAUCUCAAGGUUCCCUCGAUGCUGCUCUCGCCUUAUGCAGCGCCAUCCUGUCGGACCCCGCCAUAACCCACCAUUCGUUCCCUGCAUUGUUUCCCCCGCUCGCUAAGGCUGCCGCGGAUAAGAAGUCGGGUACACGACGCGAAUCGGCUAUGAUCGUGUACGGAGCGCUAUACGAAACCGUGAUCCCCAAAUCCCCGAUAACGGAGGUCCUGUUGCUGAAGGGGACGCUGCCCACUGUUUUGGAUGGGCUAGCCGACAAGGGCGCUGUUGUUCGCGAGGCCUCACAGUAUGCUAUCGAUGCAAUGUUCGCGCUUCUGAAGGAGGAGGCAUUGGUUGUCGGUCUUGUUAGAGUACUUAUGGUGUAUGUCAAGGGUUCUGGCUCCAAGUGGCAGGGCAGAGUUGCGGCACUACAAUUGAUUGGAAAAGUUGCGGAAAAGGCUGUUACGAGAGACGGGUUUCUUAAGGAAGUUAUGGGCCGGGAGUUGGAGGCUCUGAUUCCGGUGGUCGAAGGUGGAAUGCAUGAUCUCAAGAACGAGGUAUCAAGAGCCGCUGUGAAGGCUAUGACCAGCUUGAGCAAGUUGCUCAGUAACGAUGAUGUCGCGAGACACAUUCCGACUUUGAUCAAAACCAUGAGUGAUCCAUCAAAGGAAACUUUGCAGAAGGCUAUUCACGACCUUAGGUACGCGACCCGCCUGCGCCGACCAUCUGACCACGGCUAACCCAUCUAGUCAAACCACUUUCAUCGCUAUAGUCACCUCGCCAGUCUUGUCUCUUCUGACUCCUCUCCUUGAGCGAUCGCUCUCGUCACCACAGACCUCUCAAGAUGUCCUUCGUCAAACAGUUGUCGUUGUUGAGAACCUUACAAAGCUCGUUCACGAUCCUGUGGAAGCUAGGGAGUUUCUCCCCCGCCUUCAGCCGGGUGUGAAGAAAAUAGAGGAUACCGCUGCGCUUCCGGCAGUCCGCUCGUUAGCCAAAGAUGCAAACGCUACAAUGGUCAAGGCCAUGAAAGUCGGCAAUGGGACUGACGUCCCGGAGAGGAUAUCCGUUGACGAAGUUGAGAAGGAAUUAGUUGCGAGGGUCAUCAUCGGAACCGACAAGAAGAAGAUUUGGGAACAGGAUGGGGUAGGACGAUAUAUCGCGGAGAUGGUUCGUGAGUGCAUUGUGGCUCGCGAGUUCAAACGGAUUCCUGGUUGUGUCACAGUUUACCUGGAGCAUUUCCUCACACAGGACGAUCCCAAGAGGGUUGCGGCUGAAAUUGAAAGGUGGGCAAGAGAGGAGACACUCAACCGAUUCGGCAACGGGAUCGGGGAAGUCGAUGAUGAGCACAAACAUGAGGUGGAAAUUGUCAACGCAGAAUUCUCACUCGCCUAUGGAGGGAUGAUGCUUCUAACCCAUACGAAUUUGACGCUUUAUCAGGGCCACCGAUACGGUCUUUGUGGCAGAAAUGGCGCUGGUAAAUCUACGCUUAUGCGUUCUAUUUCCCAGGGCAAGCUCGAAGGAUUCCCUAGCAAAGACGAGCUGAGGACAUGCUUUGUCGAGCACAAAGAACGCGAUGAGCGUGACAUGAGCAUCGUCGGGUACAUUCGCCUUGCCCUUGAGGAAAACGGCGACGGCAACAUUAGCGAAGAGGAGAUUGUGGAGACUUUGAAGAGCGUCGGUUUCGAGGGUGAGCGAGCAGAAAUGAACAUUGGCCAGCUCUCGGGAGGAUGGAAGAUGAAACUGGGUCUCGCCGAAGCUAUGCUCAAGCGGGCUCAGGUCUUGUUGUUGGACGAGCCGACCAAUCAUUUGGAUGUGGGCAAUGUCCAGUGGUUACAGAAUUAUCUCAAGUCGCAUACGGAAAUCACUAGUUUGAUCGUCUCCCACGACUCCAGGUUUUUGGACGAGGUUUGCACUGAUAUUAUUCAUUACGAAGACAAGAAGCUCGUUUACUAUAAGGGCAACCUUUCUGAGUAUGUAUCUCCAUAUGUUAGUCCGAACGGAAGUUAAUACGUGAUAGAUUUGUCCGGAGGCGGCCGGAGGGCAAGGCGUAUUACACUCUUGAUGCUUCCAGCGUCUCGUUUAAAUUCCCACCCCCAGGUCUCCUCACGGGGGUCAAGUCAGCAACUCGCAGCAUUAUCAAGAUGACCAAUGUUACCUAUACAUACCCCACCGCCACCAAACCGUCCCUCUACAAUGUCACCGCUUCACUAUCCCUCUCGUCUCGUGUCGCUAUUAUUGGUGGUAACGGCGCCGGGAAAUCGACAUUAGUUAAACUGCUUACGGGUGAGAUGGUUCCACAGGAGGGAAGGGUUGAGAAACAUCCCAAUCUCCGAGUUGGCUAUAUGGCACAGCAAUCUCUCCACCACGUGCAAAUGAACCUCGAAAAGACCCCAUCUCAGUACCUCCAAUGGCGUUACUCCUCAGGAACCGACAAAGAGGUUGCCAUGAAAGACACCCGUUUACUCUCGGAAGCCGACAGGAAACAGCUGGAGACACCGAUCGACCUGGGCGACGGCCGUGGCCCACGACGCAUCGAGGCCCUUGUUGGUCGUCAAAAGUGGAAAAAGAGUUUCCAAUAUGAGACUAAAUGGGCCAACCUAAUGCCAAAGUUCAACACGAUGAUUAGCCGAGAAACACUGGUGGAAAAUGGAUUCUCCAAACUUGUCCAGGAUUUCGACGAUGCGGAGAGCGCCCGCGAGGGUCUUGGGUAUCGUGAAUUGGAUGUGCCAUCUAUCGAGAAGCACUUCGAGGACAUCGGGCUGGACAAGGAGAUCGCAAUGAACAACGAGAUUGGCGGCCUUUCCGGGGGUCAGAAGGUCAAGGUCGUUAUCGCGGCGGCUAUGUGGCCGAAGCCACAUCUUCUCAUCCUAGACGAGCCGACGAAUUACCUUGACCGGGAGUCCCUAGGUGCGUUGGCUACGGCGAUUAAGGAGUUCCGUGGAGGUGUCUGCUUGAUCUCCCACGACGCGCAAUUCGUCUCCCAACUCUCGAACGAAGAAUGGCAUAUUGAGGCUGGACGGAUGGUUAAGAAGACCAGUAACGGUAGCAAUAUGAGCCUAUCGCUUCCUUUGGAUCUCAACUCUCGCCCCGGUAGCUCCGCCGUCAGCCUUGCAAGUUCAGCCGUUAGCUCGGCCGCUAAUACUGACGUUGAGGAUAACCAUGGUGAGGGAAUGGAGUUCAAAAGCGUCAAGAAGGGGAAGAAGAAGAAGUUUACCCGCGCUCAGUUGAAGGAGCGAGAGGUGAGGCGGAGGUUGAGGUACUUAGAGUGGUUGAAUAGCCCAAAGGGGUGAGUGCAUGAAUCCGUUCGUCUAUCAAACGCCUCUACUAAUAUCCUUUUUAUUGUUUACCUGUAGAACACCAAAGCCGGCUGACACUGAUGACGAGUCUUAACGAAUGAUGAUGUCCAAUCUUUCUAUGUUUUUUUUUUUUUCAACAGGUGGACUAGAAAUGGCUAUAGAUCGUGAAUUAUGGGAUUUAUGCUUUAGUGUCUCUGUGUUCUGAAUUGUAUUUUCUUUUCGUACGGGGCAACUUAGAGCGGGUAUUUGCGCGGCCGGUGUGGUGGCAGGGGUGGGUAUCUAUGAAAGGGAGAAUGCCCCUUAGGAAGAUUUGGCGUGUGAUUAAUAAUUAUGAGUGGAAGUAUCAUAUCGAUAGUGAGUGUGAAUGGAAAGAGGCGGUGGAGAAAUAGGUGAUGUGAAAUGGUAGCUAUUACGCGAAUGGACAAGAGAAGGGGCUGGAUGGAACCGUGAGUGAUGAUGUCCAAGGAAUAGCCGGUGGGCGAGAAAGUGUACGGCGGGGGAGUGGAAGUGGAGAGAAGCGGGACGCAAGAAGAACAGA